GAGAGAGAGAGGGGAAAAGGGAGCUGCUCAUAGCUGAACCACCGGCGGUGCGUAAAAUCAGCAACCUGUGGACCAGGACCAGAACCAAGAGUUCCACAACCACCAGGACGCCGCCGACUACCUCCAGGGCAUCUCAAAAUUUAGGUUCAAGGAAGUAAAACACACCGACGGAGUCACAGAGAGGUGAAAUGGCAGAGAAAGGAGUUCAGUUAGACCAAGAAACCUUUUCUUGUUCGAUCUGUCUGGAUCUACUGAAGGAUCCGGUGACAAUUCCCUGUGGACACAGUUACUGCAAGAACUGUAUUAAAACCCACUGGGAUGGAGGGGAUCAAAGGGGAACCCACGACUGUCCUCAGUGCAGGAAGACCUUCAGACCGAGACCCGUCCUGGUGAGAAACAUCAUGUUAGCAGAGUUAGUGGAGGAGAUGAAAAAGACUGGACUCCAAGCUGCUCCUGCUGAUCUCUGCUAUGCUGGACCUGAAGAUGUGACCUGUGAUGUCUGCACUGGGAGGAAGGUGAAAGCUGUCCAGUCCUGUCUGGUCUGUCUGGCCUCUUAUUGUGAGAAACAUCUCCAACCUCACUAUGAUGCUCCUGCUUUUAAAAAACACCAGCUGGUGGAUCCCUCCAAGAAGCUCCAGGAGAACAUCUGCUCUCUCCACGAUGAGGUGAUGAAGAUCUUCUGUCGUACUGAUCAGCAGAGUAUCUGUUAUCUGUGUUCAAUGGAUGAACAUAAAGGUCAUGUAACGGUUCCAAUCGUAGCAGAAAGGUGUGAGAAGCAGAAGGAGCUGGAGGUGAGUAGACAACAAAUCCAGCAGAGAAUCCAGGACCGAGAGAAAGACAUGGAGCUGCUUCAGCAGGAGGUGGAGGACAUCAAUGUCUCUGCUGAUAAAGCAGUGGAGGACAGUGAGAAGAGCUUCAACGAGGUGAUCCGUCUCCUCCAGAAAAGCAGCUCUGAUGUGAAGCAGCAGAUCACAUCCCUGCAGGAACAUGAAGUGAGUCGAGUCAAAGAUAUUCAGGAGAAGCUGCAGCAGAAGAUCAAUGACCUGAAGAGGAGAGAAGCUGAGUUGGAGCAGCUCUCACACACAGAGAACCACAAUCAGUUCCUCCUCAACUACCGCUCACCGUCACCCCUCAGUGGCUCCACACUCUCAUCCAGCAUCCAGAUUCGUCCUCUCAGGUACUUUGAGGAUGUGACAGCAGCUGUGUUAGAGACCAGAGAGAAACUACAGGACCUUCUGAGAGAGACUUGGACAAACAUCUCACUGUCAGUGGCUGAAGUAGAUGUUUUACUGCCGGGACCAGAACCAAAGACCAGAGAUGGACUCUUGAAAUAUUCAAGAAAAAUCACUCUGGAUCCAAACACAGCUCACGAACAACUGUUUCUGUCUGAUGGGAACAGAAAAGUAACACUAAUGAACAGACGAAAGUCUCAUUCCAGUCAUCCAGACAAAUUCACUACUUGGUGGCAAGUGCUGAGUAAAGAAAGUGUGACCGAACGUUGCUACUGGGAGGUGGAAUUUAGAGGAGGAGGAAUUCGUGUUGCAGUUGCAUACAAGAACAUCAGCAGGGCAGGGAGCUCGGAUGACUGUGGGUUUGGACACAAUGACAAAUCCUGGGCGCUACAUUGUGAAACAAGCAGUUAUUCAGUCUGCCACAACAACAUCCAAACUCCCGUCUCAGGUCCUCCUUCCUCCAGAGUUGGAGUGUACCUGGACCACAGAGCUGGUCUUCUGUCCUUCUACAGCGUCUCUGAGACCAUGACCCUCCUCCACAGAGUCCAGACCUCCUUCACCCAGCCGCUCCACGCUGGACUCUGGCUUGAUUAUGCAGAUGAAAACACUGCUGAGUUUGUUUCCAUUAUUGCUGGUGAGAACUGAGAAUUUUUCUUCACUGCUUAAAUACAUAUCAGCUGUCAAUCAUUUUUCAUGGGCAGUACUUGGAUGUUUUUUUAGGGCCCGAACACUGACAGUGCGAAGGCCCUAUUGUAUCUGUAGGAAUUUUUCUU